CUAAAAUCUAUGCUUAUCGUCGUAUUUAAAUAAAUUUAGUGAUUCGAAUAUUCGCCUUGUUGCAACUGAACUGUCAGCAAAAAUGACUGCAUUCGAAGAAAUGGGAGUUAUGCCUGAGAUUGGGCGGGCUGUGGAAGAGAUGGAUUGGAGUUUGCCUACUGAUGUACAGUCAGAAGCUAUACCCAUGAUCCUUGGUGGUGGUGACGUACUUAUGGCUGCUGAGACAGGGAGUGGAAAAACUGGGGCUUUCUGUCUACCAAUUCUGCAGAUUGUCUAUGAAACUUUGAAGGAUAUUGAAGAAGGAAAAGGAAGCAAGGCUUUAGUAAAAUCUAAAGGUCACUCUCAUUGGAAGAUGAACAUAUAUGAUAGGGGAGAUGCUAUGGCCAUUGACCCUGAUGGUUUAUUGUGUCAGAGUAGAGAUAUGCAGAAAUGGCAUGGUACUAGAUCUAAUAAGUCUGUCACAGGACAAGGAAGAUAUUACUAUGAGGCUACAGUGACAGAUGAGGGUCUGUGUCGUGUAGGUUGGUCUACUGACAAGGCAGUGCUUGACCUCGGUACAGACAAGUUUGGUUUUGGCUUUGGAGGGACAGGCAAGAAAUCCUGGGGCAAGCAGUUUGAUUCUUAUGGGGAGCCAUAUGGAAUGAAUGACACUAUUGGCUGUUACCUUGACCUCCAGAAAGGUGAGAUUCGAUGGUCAAAGAAUGGUAUCGACCUUGGCAAGGCUUAUGAUAUACCUGGUCAUCUAAGAAAGGAAAAAUUCUUUGCUGCUGUUGUUCUUAAGAAUGCUGAGAUGAGCUUUAACUUUGGUGAUACACCAUUCAAGUUUCCACCGGCUAAAGAAUUCUCAGCUUUAGCUAAAGCACCAAAAGACUGUGUGUCGGAGUCAAAGAUCGCAGGAGGCGGAGCUACAAGUUCUAAACCAGCCCCCAAUGCUCCACAGGCCAUUGUUAUAGAACCAUCCAGAGAACUUGCUGAGCAGACUCUUGUACAAAUUCAGAAGUUCAAGACCCACCUAUCUAACCCAACUCCAAGAGAGCUGUUGAUUGUGGGAGGAGUCAAUGUCAAGGACCAGGUUGAUGUUUUGUCUAAAGGGGUUGACAUUGUUGUUGGAACACCAGGUAGAUUGGAAGAUCUGAUUUCAACAGGAAAAUUAGCUCUGUCUGGAGUCAGAUUCUUUGUCUUGGAUGAAGCUGAUGGAUUGUUAAGUCAAGGCUAUACAGAUCUGAUAAAUCGUCUACAUGCCCAGAUACCAAAGGUUACAAACGACGGCAAACGUUUACAGAUGGUUGUUUGCUCAGCUACACUCCACUCAUUCGAUGUCAAGAAGAUGGCUGAGAGAUUGAUGUACUUCCCAACAUGGAUAGAUCUAAAGGGACAAGAUUCUGUUCCAGAGACUGUUCAUCAUUGUGUUUGUAUGGUAGACCCAACAAAGGACACACGAUGGAAGAACUUCAAGCAGCAUAUAGAGACUGAUGGUGUUCAUUAUGAAGACAAUAUACAGCCCCAUGGUACCAGUCAAGGUUUGUACAAUAUAGCAGUAGUUAAAGUCUCAGUCUGAUACUCUUAUAUUUCC